AUGGAUAGUUCGUUCUUUGAAUACCGUAGCGAGACAGCGGCCGAUAGUGGUUCCGAAUCGGAAUUUAUCGACGAUAGUUUAGUUGACGAAUCUUUUGGUGUAAAAAAGAAGAAUCACACAGUUUUCGUUGCUGAAUCUGAAGAAUCUACGACAGAUGAAGACAACGAGAAAGAGAAGGCACCAAAGAAUGUAUCCAAAUCUGUGGUCAAACGAAGCAGUGUUGUCCAUAGCCAUGUUAUAUCUAGCAGCGAUGAUGAUACAAAUGCAAGAGGCAGUAUCAGAAGGCAAUCAGACUCUUCCAAUAAAGUAGUUUUAAGUUCUUCGGAUAAUGAUGAGGCAGUUUCACCAGAAAUAGUCCCAAAACGCAGACCACUGAUGAGGAAGUCCUCAGCCAGUAACAAUGACUCAAUAAUUGGACGCAAAACCAAGAAACGGAUGAUGCUUAUCGACUCUGAUACAGAAAACUCAAUCAUCAUAGAACAUGACAAGCAUAAAAAGUUAUUAUGCACGAAGGACACUCCGUUGAAAAUAGACAGUGGGAAUAAGCAGAAAAGUAACGAUCAAAGUAUGAUAGAAGAUAAUCUAUCUAAGAAUGAGAGUAAAAUAGUUAUGGAUAGUGAUGAUGAAGAAGAAGUUCAGAAUGAAAGUGCAAAGGUUGAUAAGACUAAAUCUUUAGUUUACGAUGGUUCUGACGAUAGUGAUGAGGGUACCGAAGAGGAGUAUGAAGAAAGUGAUGAUGAUGGCCCUGAUGAGGAUCAGAUGGUGAUGUCCAGAGCAACGAGGAUGAGUAUCAUGGGUGUGGGUUCCGUAGCGAGUCUAACGGACCUGCCAGAACUACAAAUACCACCAAAAACUCCAGAGAAGACUACAGAAGACCAAGAUUCCUCUAGAAUAUCUUGCUCCCCCUUCUCAAGUCCCCUUCAAGACAUAACAAAUGAAUCAAUAAAUGCAAGGAAAUCAUUAGAAAAUAAAGAUGAAUGUGUAAUAGUGAAUGAUACAGAGAAAAAUCCACCAAGCAGCCUUAGGAAUAAGGUGCUUAAUAACUUGGUACUGAAUAAAGCGAAGGAGAAUUUCAUACGGUAUGACGAUGACGUCACUAUUAUUGAUACGAAGCCGGAGAUCAUUGCUUUGAGCAGUGAUGAUGAAGAUGAGGAGGAGAUGUCUCAGAAUUCGAAGACAAUCACCAAGUACCUGAUGCCUCCUAGCCAUCCUGGCCAGCAGGUCGUGUAUGUGAAGAAGCAUGUCAGGGAAGCGGAGCUGAUGAAGCUGGAGUCACUGAAAGAAGACCUAAAGAAUGUUAAGUACCUCCUCGAAGAGAUGGAUGUGAAUACUCUCCCGGACGGCGGCGGCAGGCUCAUAGAGAGGAUGACCAGUCUGGAGGAGCAGUUCCGAAGACAGGGGGAGAAGGUCGCCAACAUGGUAGUCGAACAAGAUCAUCCAGGUGCGGAUGUAGAUAAGAAGGGUCUCAGCUGGGACGAGCUGCAGAAGGCCAGCAAUGCUGUCAUGCCGCGCAUGUUUGGCAAACAGGCAAUGGCGACUCACAUGGCUGAAAGGAACCUGAUCCUGGACCGUCUCCGCGACCUGUACGAGUCGCUGGCGUCUCCUUUGAUAGCGAGCGACAAGGAGGACAAGAUCGAUGAUGAUGACGACGACGAUGAUGGUGGACCUGCUACAGGGAAGAUGGCCCGCGGAGGCACGCUGGUGGUGUGCCCGGCGUCCCUGAUGCAGCAGUGGGCGGGCGAGGUCAGCAAGCACUGCGCGGCGCACGCACUGGCCGUGUGUCUCCACCACGGCGCCAACAGGACGCAGCAAGCCAGCAGGCUCGCCGGACACGACCUCGUGCUCACUACAUACAACAUCAUGCAGAGGGACAAUGAGAAGGUAACGUAUCUGCACUGCGCGGCGCACGCUGGCCGUGUGUCUCCACCACGGCGCCAACAGGACGCAGCAAGCCAGCAGGCUCGCCGGACACGACCUCGUGCUCACUACAUACAACAUCAUGCAGAGGGACAAUGA